UUCAAAAUAUUCAAGCAAUUUUUAAUAAAAUUCAUCAAAAAAUGUCUCGUGUAAGAACUCGUGAAUCAGAAUCGGGCGACAUUGUUGCUUACAGCGAAAGUGCGAUCCGAGCAAAUCAUCAAAAUGUCGAAUAUUGUCGCACGUCAAUUGCUGCUCUAAGCGGAAGCACAGCAGGCAUAAUUGGACUCACAGGACUGCUUGGAUUCGCUUUUUACCUUAUUUCCGUAUUUAGUUUGUGGUGCAUGUUGUUAGUGAAAGCGGGAAAAAAUUGGAAUAAUUAUUUCAUCAGUCGUCGACCCUUGUUGACGAACGGAUUUAUGGGCGGAUUGGGCACUUAUGUGUUAUUUUGGACAUUUUUAUACGGCAUGGUUCAUGUCUACUAA